GCCACGUGAUCGUCUCCCCGCCCACGUUGGCGCCAUGCCAUCCGGUAGCUAAGCCGCGAGAGCUCCUCCUCCUCGUCGUCGUCGUCGACGCGGAGGGAUAAUAAUAUCUGCGCCAUGCGCGUCACUCUCCCCACCCCACCUCUCGCCACAGCUCCCAACUCCCCCGCGGCACAUCAACCUCGAUUCGGUCCCCGACAAAAACCCCCGGCCGGCCAGCCACCGCCUGCCUCUGUCUUGUCCACUUCCGGCCUGAUCCUCAAUUCCGUUGCCGCCGCGGCCGCCGCCGUGCGAGGUGGCGGAUGAGCGUGGUGGAACGAUGAAGGUGCUCUGCUCGGGGUGCGAGGCGGCGGAGGCGCGCGUGCUCUGCUGCGCCGACGACGCCGCGCUCUGCCCGCGCUGCGACCGCGACGUGCACGCGGCCAACCGCCUCGCCGGCAAGCACCACCGCUUGCCGCUCCUCUCCUCCUCUUCCUCCUCCUCCGCUCCCGCCGCCGCCGCCUCCUCCUCGCCCCCAAACUGCGACAUAUGCCAGGAGAGCCACGCCUACUUCUUCUGCGUGGAGGACCGCGCGCUGCUGUGCCGGAGCUGCGACGUCGCCGUGCACACCGCCAACGCCUUCGUCUCCGCGCACCGGAGGUUCCUCCUCACCGGCGUACAGGUCGGCCUCGACCCCGCAGCCGCCGACGACGACAACCAGCCAGACCCCGAGCCACAUAACAACAACGCCUCCUCGGCACCUCCCCUGCAGCCUCCGCCGCAGUGUGCGAGGAAGCGCAGCCCCUCGCCGCUCUACAGCGACGACGACGUGAUCGACUGGGCGACCGGCGGCCAGGCCGUCAGCAUCACCGGGAACCUUCCCGACUGGUCGGUCGUCAACGAGCAGUUCAGCACGCCGGCCCCGGCGGUGGGGCAGGCGGCGGAGCCGGUGGUGACAAAGACCCCGCCCAAGCGGAGCUCCCGCGGCCCCGUCACGCCAGCGACCGCCGCCGCGGUGUUCGGCAACCUCGCCGGCGGCUCGCCGGACUGGCCGCUCGACGAGUUCUUCGGCUUCGCCGAGUUCAACGCCGGCUUCGGCUUCACCGAGAACACCACCACGUCCAAGGCGGACAGCGGCAAGCUCGGGAGCAUGGACGGCACGCCGAACGGCAGGUCGUCGUCGUCGUCGUCGUCCGCCGCCGCCGCCGCCGGCCAGGACUUCUUCGGCCAGGUGCCGGACGUCCACUGGGCCGUGCCGGAGCUCCCCUCGCCGCCCACGGCCUCCGGGCUCCACUGGCAACGGGACCCACGCCACGGCGGCGUCGCCACCGCCGCCGCCGCCGAGGCCGGCGCGGUCUUCGUGCCGGACAUCUCCUCGCCGGAGAAUCCCUUCCGCUGCUUCGCCGCCGGCGCCGGUGACCACACAGUGAAACGGCGGAGACGAUGCUAAGCCGCAGACACCGGCGACAAAAAUUAGAAAGAGAAAAAUUAAGAGCAAAAUAAUAAGGGUCAAAAUGUUCAACUUGGUACAUGUAAGCUGUAACUAGCUAGAGAGUAGUAAUAUUAUGAGUGUGAGAUUAAUUAGUGGUAAUCCGUUGAAGCAAGUUGAUACUGCUGCUACUACUACUAGGUGAUUAAUUAGGGGGUGCAAUGUUGCAUUUGUGUCACGUUCUGUUCCUAGCUGAAGUAGAAAUUAAGGCCAGUUAAAAAAAAUCCUAGAAAAAGGAAAUAAAACGGAGAAAAUCGACAUGCAGGUUCUUAUA